AUGUUCUGGAUCCCCCAAUUUAAAGGGAAAAAAAAAACGAAAAUGAUUAAUUUGCCCGCCAUCCACACUAAACCCUCCUAAAAACUUCCUGGCUGCUUCUCUCCCUCUUGGUCUCACUUCGUCUUCUACUACUCUUUAACACCCGUACACUUUCCCUCUCUGACCCAACUUGAAUUUCCCUCUCCAAUUUGAAUCAUUCAUGCUUGUUUUCCAGGAAACCACGAGAAAUUUAGAAAAUCUUGUGUUUUGAUUUUAUCGACUUUUAUUGAAACCCUAGAAUUUUGAGUCAAAUCUGCAAUCUCCUCUUCUGGUGCUAGGAUUUCGAGCAUGUCGUCCGAAGAGGAGAUUGUCAUGCGCGAUGUCACUAAUGCGGGUCUUGUGGUGAGUGAUCGCAUUGGUCGCGAGGUUGCUGCCCAGGUCGACCUCGAAGAAGCCCUGGAGGCUUCCAGAUAUGCGAGUCAUCCCUAUUCGACUCACCCCAGAGAGUGGCCUCCUUUGGUUGAGGUUAUGGAUACUUGGGAAUUGCCUCCUGUGCUCAUUGAAAGAUACAAUGCAGCUGGAGGUGAAGGAACUGCUUUAUGUGGAAUAUUUCCGGAGAUACGCAGGGCAUGGGCAUCGGUAGAUAAUUCUUUGUUUCUCUGGCGUUUUGACACGUGGGAUGGGCAGUGUCCAGAAUACAGUGGAGAGGAACAGGCUAUCUGUGCUGUUGGCCUUGCCAAAUCUAAACCUGGCGUUUUUAUUGAAGCUAUCCAGUAUCUUUUAAUAUUAGCUACUCCUGUGGAGUUGAUUCUUGUAGGGGUUUGCUGUUCUGGUGGAGUUGAUGGUACUGAUCCAUAUGGUGAGGUUUCAUUGCAACCUUUGCCAGAGUAUACGAUACCAUCUGAUGGAGUGACCAUGACUUGUAUCACAUGCACGGAUAAGGGUCGUAUCUUCCUGGCUGGGCGUGAUGGCCAUAUCUAUGAGCUGCAUUACACAACUGGUUCAGGCUGGCAGAAACGUUGUCGCAAAGUCUGUCUCACUGCAGGAUUGAGUAGUGUUAUUUCGAGGUGGGUUGUGCCAAAUGUAUUUAAGUUUGGAGCUGUUGACCCCAUUAUCGAAAUGGUCGUCGAUAAUGAAAGACAGAUUUUGUAUGCACGAACCGAAGAGAUGAAACUUCAGGUUUUUGUUCUGGGUCCAAGCGGAGAUGGCACUCUGAAGAAAGUGGCAGAAGAGAGGAAUUUGUUUAGUCAGAGUCAGAGGGAUAGUCAUUAUGGAGCUCGACAGUCAACUGGACAAAGAGCCCCUACUCGAUCCACAAAACCAACUAUAGUUUGCAUUGCGCCUUUGUCCACUCUUGAAUCAAAGUGCUUGCACCUAGUUGCUGUUUUAUCCGAUGGCAGAAGGAUGUAUCUUUCAACUUCUCCAUCAGGUGGAAGCAAUGGUGUUGUUGGAGGUUUGGGUGGAUUUAAUGGUAGUCAUAAACCAAGCUGUUUAAAAGUUGUGACAACUAGGCCUUCUCCUCCUCUGGGGGUCAGUGGCGGACUUGCUUUUGGAUCCAUGUCUCUUGCUGGUAGAACUCAGAAUGAGGAUUUGUCUCUGAAGGUUGAGAACGCAUGUUAUUCUGCUGGAACACUUGUCCUUUCUGAUUCGUCGCCACCAACCAUGUCUUCUCUUCUGAUUGUGAAUAGGGAUGGGAGCUCACAAUCAUCUCUUUCUGGGAGUUUAGGUGCGAGUGCGAGGAGUUCUCGGGCUUUGAGGGAAACUGUAUCUUCCCUUCCCAUUGAAGGUCGAAUGCUUUAUGUAGCCGAUGUUCUACCCUUACCAGAUACGGCUAACACUGUACAAUCCUUAUAUUCAGAACUUGAAUUCAGUGGCUUCGAAAAUUCGAGCGAGUCUUGUGAAAAGGCAUCUGUAAAACUUUGGGCUAGGGGUGACCUUACAACCCAGCAUAUACUGCCAAGAAGGAAAAUCAUUGUUUUCAGUACCAUGGGCAUGAUGGAAGUUGUUUUUAACAGGCCUGUGGACAUCCUACGAAGGUUGUUUGAGUCAAAUUCACCAAGAUCUGCCCUAGAAGAUUUUUUUAGCCGUUUUGGAGCUGGUGAGGCUGCUGCAAUGUGUCUAAUGCUAGCUUCAAGGAUCGUUCAUUCUGAACAUCUUAUAAGCAAUGUUGUUGCUGAGAAAGCAGCAGAAAAUUUUGAGGACCCAAGAGUUGUUGGAAUGCCACAACUUGAGGGUAGUAGUGCAUUAUCAAAUGCUAGAUCAGCAGGAGGAGGGUUCAGUAUGGGACAGGUUGUUCAGGAGGCCGAGCCUGUAUUUUCAGGUGCUCAUGAAGGGCUCUGCCUUUGCACAUCAAGGUUACUGUUUCCUCUGUGGGAACUUCCCAUUAUGGUUAUGAAAGGUAGUUCAGGUUCAUCUGAUUAUACAUCAGAAAAUGGAGUAAUUGCAUGCAGGCUCACUCUUGGGGCUAUGCAAAUCCUUGAAAAUAAGAUUCGUUCUUUAGAAAAGCUAUUAAGGUCUAGAAGGAACCAAAGAAGGGGGCUUUAUGGCUGCGUAGCUGGUUUGGGAGACUUAACAGGUUCUAUUCUGUAUGGAACUGGUUCUGAAUUAGCUGCUGGUGACAGAAGUAUGGUGAGAAACUUAUUUGGCGCUUACUCGCGAAAUGUUGAUUCUAAUGGCGGUGGGACAUCAAGUAAAAGACAGCGAUUACCUUAUACCCCUGCAGAAUUGGCAGCCAUGGAGGUAAGGGCAAUGGAAUGUAUCAGGCAGUUGCUUCUCAGAUCUGGUGAAGCUCUGUUUUUGCUCCAGCUGCUUUGUCAGCAUCACGUGGCACGCUUAGCUCAGAGUCUCGAUGCUAAUCUUCGGCAGGCACUGGUGCAGUUGACAUUCCAUCAACUAGUUUGUACUGAGGAGGGUGAUGAAAUUGCCACGAGGCUAAUAUCUGCUCUAAUGGAGUACUAUACUGGUCCUGAUGGCAGGGGAACUGUUAAUGAUAUUAGUGGAAGAUUACGGGAGGGUUGUCCAAGCUAUUUCAAGGAGUCUGAUUACAGGUUUUUCUUAGCUGUGGAGUGUCUUGAGAGAGCUGCUAUAGCAUUUGACACAGAGGAGAAGGAGAAUCUCGCUAGAGAGGCCUUCGAUUUCUUAAGUAAAGUUCCAGAAUCUGCAGAUUUACGAACUGUGUGCAAACGGUUUGAAGACUUAAGGUUUUAUGAAGCUGUGGUUCGGUUACCACUUCAGAAGGCACAGGCUCUUGAUUUUGCUGGUGAUGCGUUUAAUGAACAAACUGAUUUAGCAAUCAGAGAACACGCAAUUGCUCAGCGUGAGCACUGCUAUGAAAUAAUUACUAGUGCUUUGCGUAGCCUAAAAGGAGAGGCUUCACUAAGGGAAUUUGGUUCUCCUGUGAGGCCUGCAGCCGCCCAAUCUGCCCUGGAUCCGGCUUCUAGGAGGAAAUAUAUUUGCCAGAUUGUUCAGCUUGGUGUCCAGUCACCUGACAGGUUAUUUCAUGAGUACCUAUAUCGUACAAUGAUUGAUUUAGGACUUGAAAAUGAGCUGUUGGAGUAUGGAGGUCCUGAUUUGGUACCAUUUUUACAAAAUGCUGGCCGAGAUCCAUUACAGGAGGUUCGAGCGGUUUCUGCUGUUACCUCGGCAAGUUCUCCAAUUAGUCAGUCUGGAGCAUCAAUCUCAACUCGUCAAGCCAAGUACUUUGAUCUUUUGGCAAGGUACUACGUUGUGAAGCGGCAGCAUGUACUUGCAGCUCAUAUAUUGUUAAGACUGGCUGAAAGGCGCUCAAUGAAUGCUGGAGAUGUUCCCACGCUUGAACAGAGACGUCAGUACCUUAGUAAUGCAGUUCUACAGGCCAAGAAUGCUAGCAAUUGUGAUGGAGCUGGAGGGUCUAGCAGGGGUGUUUUUGACAAUGGAUUGUUGGAUUUGCUUGAAGGAAAACUUGUUGUUCUUCAGUUUCAAAUAAAAAUUAAAGAGGAACUGGAGACAAUAGCUUCAAGAUCGGAAGCUCUCCCUGGCCCGUCAGAAUCCAUGCAAAAUGGAUCAGUCCCUAAUGACACUUCUACUGACGAUGCAAAUUUGGCAAACGUUGCACGAGAUAAGGCCAAGGAGCUAUCUCUAGAUCUAAAGAGCAUAACUCAACUCUAUAAUGAGUAUGCAGUUCCAUUUGAACUCUGGGAGAUAUGUCUUGAGAUGCUCUACUUUGCAAAUUAUUCUGGUGAUGCUGAUAGUAGCAUCAUGAGAGAAACAUGGGCUAGACUAAUUGAUCAAGCUCUCUCAAGGGGUGGCAUUGCUGAAGCUUGCUCUGUGCUGAAGAGGGCUGGUUCCCAUGUAUAUCCUGGAGAUGGAGCUGUUUUACCUUUGGACACGCUAUGCCUUCACCUUGAGAAGGCUGCCCAGGAGAGAAUAGAUCAAGGGGUUGAAUCUGUUGGAGACGAAGAUGUAGCAAGGGCUUUGCUAGCUACUUGCAAGGGUGCUGCUGAACCUGUUUUGAACACUUAUGAUCAGUUGUUAUCUAGUGGAGCCACUUUGCCGUCUUCAAACCUUAGGUUGCGCCUUCUCCGAUCAGUUCUAGUGGUACUUCGAGAGUGGGCAUUGUCUGUAUUUGCACAUAGAACUGGUACAAGUGCUACUGGAACUUCGGUAAUACUAGGUGGAACGUUUUCUCCGGAGCAAACAACAAUUAUUAAUAAAGGAAUUCGAGAUAAGGUUACCAGUGCAGCAAACAGGUAUAUGACUGAGGUGCGGAGGUUGGCCCUUCCACAGAACAGAACGGAGGCCGUUUAUCGAGGCUUUCGAGAACUUGAAGAGUCUGUGAUUAGUCCUUUUUCAUAUGAUCGAUUUUGAAAUCAUGUAUUCCCAUGUAUGAAAUAUCUUCUUGUAGCUUUGAGAAUAAGGUCAUUAUAGUUUCAAUAGUUGAAGUAGUCUUGUAACAUUAAGCCUGACACUUGAUCGUUCAGUAGAGAUAUCAGAUAUUGGUUGUUAGAUAGGAAAGCGUGAUAAGUUUCAAAAGCCUCAUGCUUUUAACAUCUUGUGAGCAAAUUUGAAUACAUAAAACUAUCCAUAGCUCUAUUUUAAGGGCCUGAUUGGUUAUCCUUGUAUUGUAAUGGUAAUUGUAUUCAUGUGAUAUGAUAAUGUUUGGUUUAAUUUUAAUUUUAAUUUUUAGUAA